AUGCCCGCCAGAAAGCGCGCUCGCCAGGAGGCCGAAAUAGACAACAGCAUUGCCGCCGUAGAGAAUGCACAACCUCACAAUGAGACGCUGGUCCGUCUACGGAACAUGUGGCAAUUUGCUGCUCUCAUGCAAUACAUGUACCUUUUCGGCAAACCCGUCAAGAUUGAUCCCGAUUUCGACAUGGAGGAUCUAGAGCAUGAAUGUCUGAGACCCGAACCAUCAGAAAAGCUGGCCGAGAUUGCUCUCACCCUGCUCAAAUUUGUCUCAUCGCAUAGAGGCCUCAACUUCGACAACUUUGACGAGUACACACGCCGCCAAUUCGUCGCCAAAGCACCCCAGCGCAAUCCCUACGGCACUGACGAAAUCCCCAACAAAUUUGCCGACUUCGACGUCUUCACAAAAAUCCGCGUCCUGCAUCAACUCUCAUCAUGGACCCUUUGGAAUGCAGAGCGCAUGCNNCGCAUCGAAGAAAUUGGUUGGGAUUCUCAAGAACGCUCCUACUUCGUACUGGACGACGACCGCUUGUACCGCCGCACCGAAGCACCACUACCACCUGCUCCCGCACCCAAGUCGAAAGCAAAGCCUAAACCACGCAGGUCUCGCGGCUCUCGUGCUAGCAAGCGCAUAAAGUUGGACACUUCAACCCAAGAGAGUGAAGUUGAGGGAGAAGAGCAUGAGACUACCGAGAUUGAAGCGAAGAAUGACGAGACGGUUGAAGAUGACGGAUUUGGUGGUAUGAAGUGGGAAUGUAUCGCCGUCACGCACGAAGACUACACAAUCUUUCUGGAGUCACUCCGCAAAACUCGCGACCCGGAAGAGAAGGCUCUCGUCAAGCGCAUCAACGACCAGAUUAUGCCGGUCCUAGAGAAGCGCGUCGAAGCACAACGCCAGAAAAUGCUCAAAAAGCAACGGGAACUGGAAAACCUGCAGAAGAUGGCCACAGCGAAGAGAUCAAGCAGACUUGCUGGCAAGGCAGAGCAGCGCAAGGCCGAAGAAGAGGCAGCCGAAGCCGAGAGGAAACGACAGGCCGAGCUUGACAUGGCUCGCAAAGAGCAGCAGAAGCAGAGCAAGAUGGAACACGCACGCGAAUCUCGUAUGCUUACUAGAGAACAGAGGCUCAAGGAGCGCGAAGUCAAGCGUAUCUUGCACGAAGAAGAGCUCCGCAAGCUCGAAGAGAACCACAAGAGCUUGGAAAACGGCGAUGAAACCGAAGGUCGCCUGUCUGAGCGUCACCUCAAGGCCGAGAUGGAGAGAAGACAGAAAGAGCUGGAUGCGUUGGCUGAAGAGGAGGACGAAUGGAUCUUCGAUUGUGCCGUGUGUGGCAAGCACGGCCAGAACUACGACGACGGCACGCAUUCGAUUGCUUGCGAAAAGUGUAACAUCUGGCAACACUCGAAAUGCCAUGGCAUUGAUGAGAAGGACGCAGAGAAGGACGAUUUCCAUUUCAUCUGCUCCGACUGCGAGAAGAAGCCAAAGCUGCCUCCGUUGCACCUGCACUUCCCAGGCCAAAAGGACGCUGCUGCACAAGACGCCCCUCGCGGCCGCCCACUAAAAGCUGUCGAGAUAACCUCGACUCCUCGUUCAGCAGCCCGACGCUACAAUCUUCUCGACGGCCCUUCGCUUUCGCCUUCAGGUCAGAGCCCUGGUCCGCCAGGCUACCAUCGUCCUGCAGGUCCCCCACCAGUUGGCGUUCCUCAGCAAGCAUGGAAUGGCACUACCUUACCUCCACCUGCUCGGCCCUCGUCCAACUACGGCAGUUCUCCUCCACCUCCCACACAAGAUACCAAUGCAACCGAUCUUUCUGCGCUACACGCCCAAGCCCAUGCUGGCGCCGUAUCAGCACACUCGAUACACCCUCCUGUCUUGCAACCCAGUGGCUUGCAAAUGGGCCAUCCCUCGCCCACCAAAGGUUCUCGACCAUCGUCAUCCCAUGGGCUCUCAGAGCAUCGCACAAACGGCUCAGCAACCCCUCACCACCAUCAUCCAUCAAGAAACAGCCUUUCGCCUUCUAGUCAACGCCUCUUCCAAAGCCCCAACACAUCGUUCCCUCCUCCCGCUUUACUGCAGCAGCAACAACGUGCCGCCGCCCACUCCCCAACCAAACAACCCAGCUCCUCGCCCUCGCACGCUCAACCCUUCCAUACACCCGCCGCCAACGCUACACCCUAUACCUAUCAAAACACCUCCACUGUAACUCCUGCAUCAGCAGCAACAAACAUCCUGCGUGCCGGUCCUCACAUGCAAAGCUCGCCUUUGCCACCCCUUCCUGCUGGCAACACACCUGUCAUCCCCACGAAACAUGACACACCACGCCCUGUGUCACGAGACAGCAUGGCUGAAACUCCAGUGGUACCGCCCAUCACUGCAUUGAGCCCCAGCCCUGCUAUCUUCAUGCCUUCGAUGCCUGCAGCGCCACCAGAGGGCGUCGAAGGCGUAGAGACUUCGCUCGGUGUGGGUAGUGUUCCGGUCAAGAAGAUGCCUCCUAAUGCCAGUCAAGAGAGCGACGGCGAUAUCAGUAUGGCUGAUAUGUAA